AUGCUGUCGGAGGUGGCCGUGGCGCCCGUGCAGCCUCGAUCUGCGGAAGUGGUAACGAAAGUUCGCUUUGAUGACCAUUUCGAGCUACUAUGGACAGGGACAAAGAGCGGCAGUCUGUGUGUAUGUGAAUGCCCAACUUUGCAAAGCUACUCAAGGGUGAAGGGUCACAGACACGCGGUGGAGGACAUCACCAUUGCCCAAGGAGGGGGUCUGUCCAUAUCUUGUGACACUGUCAGGCUGCACGCUCAAGGGGGGAACUCAAGAUUCACAUUCCGGGACACACAAGGAGGGGACCUCCUGAGUUGUGCCCUCUACCCUGACGAUGCGAACCUGCACUCCAGCCGUGUGCUCUUUGGCCGUGCUUCAGGCUACUUGACAACAUUUGACCUAGAAACAUCUCAGUUCCUGGAAAAGGUGCCCCUUGAGGAAGGUAGCGUGAAGGUCCUUGAAACCAUCUUUUCAUGUGGACUUCUGGCUUGUGGCCAGUCAGCAGGCAAGGUGUACCUUGCUGACCCACGAGCAGGGCUGAAGGCCGAUCGAAGAGUAAUGGCGCAUGCUGGUGGAGUCAUAUCUUUGGCAUCCAAACACCAGCUGCUUGCAACCUGUGGCUACGAAUUGUUCAACAACCGCCUGGUGCCUGACACUGUUGUGAAGGUAUUUGAUGUGCGCUCCUUUGCCAGUGCCCUGUACCACAUGCCCUUUCCCGCCGGCCCCUCUUUGCUCGCCUUCCAUCCAAAGUUCUCAGGCACCCUCAUCGUUGGAUCGGCUUCAGGUGUGCUCACAAUUGCCGAUGUGCAGUCUGAUGCCGCCCCCCAUGCAUUCCAGGUCGCCACUGCAGGCCGCCAGCUGUUGGCUUGCUCUAUUUCCUCUUCUGGUGACUUCAUAGCCCUUGGGGACAAUGGCGGCAUGGUCCACCUAUGGUCGGGAACGGAUCAGGGGGGCAACGCUGUGAACCUGAUGUCUGCACAGCAUGCGAGGCACCCGCCGAGAAGCCAGCCCACGGUGCCCCUGUCCCAGGACGACGCGCUUAUGAAGGCACCUCGAUACUCAUGUGCAGGAACCCUGCUGUCUGAUUGGGACACAGCCACCCCCAUCGACGUGGGACUGCCACCAAGGACGGUCGACGUUUCCAUCUUGAAUGAGAUGAAGCAGGAAGAUUUCAUAGGGUAUGUUCCAAACCCCGAGUACCAGGAAGGCCUGGCCCCAGGGGAGGCCACCUUGCGAGUGGCGCCUCUUCGCAACCAGCGCGUCCAGCGGCAGUACAGCGCCUCUGAAGAGGAAGGCGUGAACGGGUUUGGGCACACGGAGGCCAUCCUGCCGCGCAUGUAUGCGAGGGUGGAGAUGCGGCGCCAGGGCAUCGCCAAGUUCGAGGAGUUCGACUUCGGGCCAUACAACACGACCAAAUUCUCGGGGCUGGAGAACGGAGUGUCCAGCUGCUACUGCAAUGCGUUGCUGCAGGUGCUGUACUUCGUGCCUGGUCUUCGAAAUGCAGUACUUCAGUGGCGGCAGAACCCUGACUUGGAGAUCUGCCUGUUGGACGAGCUGUCAUUCCUGUUUCGGAUGCUGGCCACAGAUGCUCCCGUACCAUGCCUGGCCAGCAACCUGCUUCGCGCAUUGCACCACACCCGUGAGGCAGUGGCCCUGGGGCUUCUAGAUGUCAGCAGCCCCAGCCGUGCUGAGAUGAGGGGCCUGGCCCAGAGGGAGCAGACCCUGCCUCAGAGGAUACCCAGGCUGUGCCAAUUCCUGCUGGAACGACUUGAUAGGGAGUGGCGCCACGAGCACACUGCGGAAGGUCCAAGCCCGAUAGCCAAGUUGUUCGGCGUGACCACAAGGGUGCACACGCAGUGUCUGUCUGGAGGCGACGCCCACAGGGAACAGGAAAUCACCUCCUUCCAGGUUGAGCUCCAGUACCCACCCGCGGAGGCCACGCCAGACCCUCGGUUUUGCGACAUCUUGCAGCAGUCCCUGCGGAGCGAGGUGGUGCUGCGAGCCUGGUUCAAUGAGGAACGAGGCGACCAGAAAGUCAGGCAGACAAGAACUCCAACAUCUUUUCCCCAGGUGAUGGUCAUAAGCUGCAACGCCAACGAUCCUGGCGACCCCCAGUGGUGGAGGCUGGAGGCCACCGACUCCAGAGGCGCUAGCUGGAUACCCUGGUACGUGGAGAUCGCCAGAGAUCCCCCAACUGGCGAGGUCAGUGUCCGACAGUCUGACAGUGCUGAAGUCUUCAGCAGCAACGGGGCCGCCCCUUCGGGCCAAGAUGACACAGGAAGGCCCAAUGUGCGCGGUGGCGAUGCCAGCCCUUCGCCUCGGUGCGCAGUCUACGAGCUGACUGGCAUUGUGGCUCAUGUGCACGAUGGAGGGCCGCACCCGCUGUACGACUCUGGCGGCCACAUGAUUGCCCACGUGAAGGUGCCCUUGCCGUACUUGCAGCCAGGCCAGGGCUUGCACUUUGCCGACGGGGACCCAGGAGGGCGGGGCGUCGGCGACAGGGUGCAAAACCCCUUCGGGAUCCCGGAAGGCCGUUGGGGAGGGCCGACGCCAAAGGCGCAGAGAUCCCCGGUUGUGAAUCUUCCAGACACUUUGGAUGACGCUCUAGGCAUCAUGGACACGACAGGAGCGAAUGAUGGACUGGGUGGUGGUGCAAACAACGAAUCGCCAGGCGAGGACGUCUCAAUGACCUCCUCGGAUGGCGGGGAUGCGGACGACGGCCAGCGCUGGCUGCUGUUCAACGACUUCUGCGUCACUCCCACGUCUGCAGACGAGGUCCGGCAGGUGUUCGGCGGGCAGAAGAUCCCGUGCCUGCUCUUCUACUCACAGACGGCCGCCCUGCAGGCCUGGCAGGAUUCCUCCCCUUCCGAGGUCGCCCCCGUCCUCUCCCCUGAGGACUUCUUCCGCCUGUGCAAGUCGCCUCCGCUGCAGGGCCCGCGGUACCGGCCGCAGCACCCCAAAUUCAAGCCGCUGGACCUGCGGAGCGAGAUGCCGGCGCCAGGCACCCGCGUGGCCAUCGACGCGGAGUUCGUGGUGCCGGGCUCGGCGCAGGCCUUCACGCUGUCUGGGCCAAAGAGGGAGAUGCCGACGCGGUUGAUCGUGGGGAGGGUGAGCGUGGUGCGCGGCGAGGGCGCCCUGGCGGGCGUGUGCUUCAUCGACGACUACGUCCGGGCCCUGGAGCCCAUCCAGGACUACCUCACGCGCUUCAGCGGCCUGUGCGAGGGCGACCUGGACGUCGAGACGUCGCCGCACUACCUGACCACCCUCAAGCGGGUGGCCAUGAAGCUGCGCUUCCUGGUGGACCGGGGCUGCGUGUUCGUGGGCCACGGCCUGGGGCAGGACUUCAAGAUCAUCAACAUCGUGGUGCCCGAGGAGCAGAUCAUCGACACGGUGGAGCUGUUCCACCUGCGGCACCACCGCAAGCUGAGCCUGCGGUUCCUGUCGUCUUACCUGCUGGGCCUGGACAUCCAGGCGCACACCCACGACUCCAUCGAGGACGCGCGCGCCGCGCUGCACCUGUACGAGGCCUACGAGCGGCUGGCGGCGGCGGGGGGGCUUGAGGCCAAGCUGGUGGAGAUGUACUGCUGGGGGAAGGACAACGGCUGGGACCCGGGGUCCUGGGACGACCGGCCGAGGCAGGGGGGCUGA